AUGGAGAUCGAAAAGGUUAAUACUGAUCAGGAUACUGUUUUUAUGGAAACAAAUAAAAAUAACAGUGCAGAUGAUAAUAUAUCUACAACAACCACUACGAAAAUACUCAAAAACAAAUCUAACAAGAAGGAACAAAAUCAUAUCAGAUCAUCAGCACCUUUGAGAAAAAGGGAUCUGUUAUCAGACAAUAAAACAAAAGGUGGUCGUCACCAAGAUGCUAAAAUUAUAAACCCAAAUAGCACCAGUACUCCAACUCUCUCAAACUCACUGUAA